UUCCCCCUAGAUCUUACACAAGAUCUCAUCUUUUUUCUUUCUCUUUUCUCUAUGAUCCAAGUUUUUUUUCAUUUCAUCCAAAUUAGUAGCAAUUAGUUCACUUUUGAUCCAAUCUUGCAACCCCACCACCUCUACCACCACCAUCACCGGUGGUGAACCACCACAACGCCACCACCACUUCAAAAAAUGUUCCCUAAACUUGAACCCUUAGAUGAACCCCUUGAUAUCCCACCUGAGAAAGAACCCCAAUUUCAUCAUCAUCUUCAAAGCCCUAAUCUUGGCCCUAAUGGAAACAACAAUGGUAAGCAAAUUGUAAAUUAUAUAGUUAUAGAUGAUGAUGAUGAUGAUGACGUGGAUGAUAAUAAUAAUAAUAUAGUAAAGCCUGAUGCCUUAGCUAUAGUACCUGUACCUGAACAAACUCAACAAGAGUUAUACUAUGAUAAUUAUAAUAAUAACGAGCUUUCGAAUAUCGAAAGCUCGUUUCGUAGGAAAAAGCCGCAAAGAUCGGCUGAACUGGUUCGUGUUUCGAAUCUUGAACUUGAGGAAGAAAUGUAUUUUAGACAGGUAGUUAGGAAAACAAGAAUGUUGUAUGAUGCAUUAUGGAUAUAUAUUAUGUUAGGAGAUGAUAAACAUAGGUCCAUUUUUAAUGUGAAUAACCCGAAUAGUAAUUUACGUAUGACUCGAACUAGGGGUGAUUUAAAGGCUGCAGCUUUAAUGAAAGAUAAUGACUUAUGGUUAAAUCGCGAUAAACGGAUAGUGGGACCGAUACCUGGUGUUAAUGUAGGAGACGUUUUCUUUUUUAGGAUGGAAUUGUGUGUGUUGGGGAUACAUGGGCAAGUUCAGGCAGGGAUUGAUUAUUUGAGUUCGAGUCAGAGCUCGAAUGGGGAGCCGAUUGCGACUAGUGUGAUUGUGUCGGGUGGGUAUGAAGAUGAUGAGGAUAAAGGGGAUGUGAUCGUGUAUACGGGUCAUGGUGGACAAGAUAAGCAUUCCAAACAGGCGGUUCAUCAGAGGUUGGAAGGAGGGAAUCUUGGAAUGGAGAGGAGUAUGCAUUAUGGGAUUGAGAUACGUGUUAUUCGUGGUUUUAAGUAUAAAGGUAGUGCUAGUGAUAAAGUUUAUGUUUAUGAUGGGAUAUAUAAGAUUGAAGAAUAUUGGUUUGAUAUAGGGAAGUCGGGUUUUGGGGUGUAUAAGUAUAAACUUGUUAGAAUGGAAGAUCAGCCUGAGAUGGGAAGUGCGAUUCUUAGGUUUGCUGAGAGAAUUAGGGAUAACCCGUUGGAAGCGAGGCCUGUGGGGUAUGCAAGUUUGGAUAUUUCGUUGACGAAAGAAAAUGUGCCUGUGUUAUUAUAUAAUGACAUUGAUGAUAAUAAUGAGCCGUUGAACUAUGAUUAUCUUGUGAAAACGGUAUUUCCACCAUUUGUGUAUCAUAAUGCUGGAAAUAGCGGUGGAUGUAAUUGUGUUGAUAGAUGUACAUCUGAUUGUCUGUGUGCUAAGAAGAAUGGAGGUGAAGUUGCGUAUGAUUCUAACGGGCUUCUUUUGGCAGGAAAGCCGUUGAUUUAUGAAUGUGGUCCAUUCUGUUCUUGCUCUUCCAGGUGCGGGAACAGGGUCAGCCAAUAUGGUGUGAGGAAUAGUUUUGAGGUGUUUAGAUCACUAGAAACGGGUUGGGGAGUUAGGUCGCUGGAUUUGAUACAAGCUGGUUCUUUUCUUUGUGAAUAUACUGGAGUUGUUCUCACAAAAGAUCAAGCACACGUUUUCACCAUGAAUGGAGAGGAUAGUUUAGUGUACCCAAGUCGGUUUGGUGAUAGAUGGGCUGAAUGGGGGGACUUUUCUCAAGUUUUCAGGGAUUAUGUACGCCCUUCGUAUCCAAUUGUACCACAAUUGGAAUUUGCUGUAGAUGUUUCUAGAAUGAGAAAUGUUGCAUGUUACAUGAGCCAUAGUUCUUGUCCAAAUGUUUUUGUGCAAUUAGUGAUGUUCGAUCAUUCCAAUAUUGCAUUUCCUCACCUUAUGCUGUUUGCUAUGGAAGACAUUCCUCCAUUAAGGGAGCUUAGUCUCGAUUAUGGGGCUUCCGGUGAAUGGACAGAAACGCCGGCCAUUUGUAACUAAACAGUUUCAAGAUGUUUUUUUUUGUAGAUAUCAAUGCACGUCAACACGCAACUUACUAAGAUCGGCUAUAAAAACGGAUAUGUUGGACAACUAUUUUGCAGCUCAGUUUCCAACUGCAUGACAUCUUAUCUUCGUUCCAGAAAAAUUAAUAGGGGUCGUGAAGUCAACUAGCUUCUACUCAUCAGCCCUUGAAGUGCAUAAAGCACAAGGGUAAGAUGGUUACUGUGAUACUAAUAGUUUCAGCCCAUCUUCAAAGCUCGGACGGCCACUCAGAAAACAGGUCUUCACUGCACUGAUUCUAAUAUAUACCAAGGAGUUAGAUGGCUACAGACUACAUAAGCUAAGGUUUCCUAAUUGACUUUAUCGUCUUGUAAAGCAUAAUGCACAGGGUAAGAUGCAAGAUAGACAUACAAUUAGGUUGGCCAUUACUUUUGUCGUAGUCUUUUGUAAAGCAGUUGGUAACCGAGCAAAACUAUAUUUUGGGUUGUACAUAUAUCUAUAUACUAAUGAAUACGUGCAAAAAUGGAGUCAUCGCAUCCAAACAGAGGUGAUGUAUUAAAAAUGUAGGAACCGCAAAGAUAUAUUGGUCGGAUAACAUGUCUGAAGCCAAUGUUACGUGUA